AAACAUAAUAAAGAUAGGGUUCCAAACAAUAGAAAAUAUUGAGAACUGAGAUCGAGUUCAGAGCAGAACCAGAGAAUUCGCAGAAAGUAGAGGAGAGAGACUUUGAAGAUUGAAAUGGCUUUGGCUAAGGCGAAAGAGACCGUUUCAUCCAACCCGACCGUCGUCUUCAGUAAGAGCUACUGCCCUUAUUGCACGAGGGUCAAGCAGUUGCUGUCAGAACUAAAAGCAACUUACAAGGCCAUUGAACUGGAUGUGGAAACUGAUGGAGGCGAUAUUCAGUCUGCACUCUCAGAGUGGACAGGGCAGAGGACUGUCCCUAAUGUGUUCAUUGGUGGAAAGCACAUUGGAGGCUGUGAUGCAACUGUGGCAAAGCACCAGGAGGGGAAGCUUGUGCCCUUGCUCAUUGAAGCUGGCGCUAUUACUAAAACUGUUACUGCUUGAAACCAGAUGAGGCAGACAUGAGCACAUUGAAGAUGAAUGGCUGAAACAUCAACAGAGACUAGUAAUUAUAGACUUCCCAUAGAGGGGUUGAUGAACAUGCUGUUGUGCCUAUGAUUGCGUGUGUAAUAAAUAAAUAAAUAAUAAAUAAAUAAAAAAAAAAGAACUAUUUGAUGGAAUAAAA